AUGAAGUUUUGUGCGGAGUUUGUGCAAACUGAAAGAAUGAAGAUCAAUCGCUUUUAUGGCAUACUGAAGGCAGAAUUCAGGGAGUUCAUCACUCCCUCGAAAUGUGAGACCCUCGACGAGCUUAUUAAUCUGGCGCGGGAUAGAGAAAUUGAAAUUAAGAGGCAAGAAGAAUGUGGUGAGAAGAGACCUAAUGAAAAAGGUGCAAGUUCGACUCCGUUUAAAAAGGGGAAGUAUCAAGAACAAGGAAGGAAAGAUAAGUCAAAGGGUGGUGUCACGCCUUGCAAGACUUGUGGAAAACUUCAUACGGGAGAGUGCUUGCUAGGCAAAAAGGGAUGCUAUAAAUGUGGUAAAGAAGGGCAUUCGUCUUAUCAAUGUCCAAAUAACCCGAAGACUUGCUUCCAUUUUUUUGAAAAGGGGCACAUUAAAACGGAAUGCCCGAAACUUCAACAAGAGUCGAAAAAGGAAGAUAAGAAGCAAGAGAGUUCUAAGGCAAAAGGGAGGAUGUUCCAAAUCACAUCUGAGGAGGCUAAGGUUCAUCCGAAUGUUGUUUCGGGUAUUUUCCUAUUAAAUUUUAUGCCGGUUCAUGUUUUGUUUGACACCGGAGCCACUAUGUCGUUUAUUUCGAAUGAAACCGUACAAAAUCCUUCCUUCAAGGUUGAGCGAAUGCCGGCGCCCUUAGAAGUAGAAAUUGCCGAUAGUAAAAAUUACUUGUUGCACUAA